UCCUCCUUGAAGACACACACACAAACAAAAAACCAACAGUCUGUUUGAAAACAGACGAGUAAAGAGAAAUGUGAAGAUCCUGAGUGGCUGCAGUGUUGGAGAAGUAAAGUGCUAACCUGGAAAGAUGGCGUGGACACAGGCUCGCUUGUUGCUCCUCGCCUUUGCUUCGCUUGGAUUUUUCCUCCUCUGUGUCCCGGUGGAAGGGGAGCCGCCGGGAGAGCAACAGGAGGAGGAGGAGACCAUGUCCUGUCAGGGCGCGUUUGACCUCUACUUUGUUCUGGACAAAUCUGGCAGCGUGAAGCAUCACUGGAAUGAGAUUUACUCCUUUGUGAAGCACCUAGCAGAGAAGUUUAUCAGCCCCAUGCUGAGGAUGUCCUUCAUCGUCUUCUCCACACAAGGAAAAAUCAUCAUGGAGCUGACUGAGAACAGGGAGGCCAUAACCGAAGGCCUGAGGGCUCUGAACGAUGUUAUUCCUGGAGGAGACACAUGCAUGAACCUAGGCCUGGAGAUGGCUAAUGCACAGAUAUACCAUGAGAACCGAGGGACUGCCAGCGUUAUCAUCGCUCUGACAGAUGGGGAACUGAAGGAAAGACAGUACGACACAGCACAGCGUGAGGCACAAAGAGCCAGGUCUUUGGGAGCCAUUGUUUAUUGUGUAGGAGUCAAAGACUUCAACCAGACCCAGCUUGCAACUAUUGCAGAUACCAUGGAACAUGUGUUUCCAGUAACAGGAGGCUUCCAAGCCCUCAGAGGAAUUAUUGACUCGAUUAUCAAGAAGUCUUGCAUUGAGAUUCUGGCAGCCGAGCCAUCCAGUGUGUGUGCGGGAGAGAGGUUCCAAGUGGUCGUUAGAGGUAAUGGUUUCCUCCAUGCAAGAAACAUCAACCAGGUCCUCUGCAGCUUCAAACUCAAUGAUACUCAUAGUGUGGACGAAAGACCCACUGGAAUAGAAGACACAUUCCUGCUCUGUCCUGCUCCUAUCAUAGAGGAGGUGGGGAGGGAGAUCUACCUGCAGGUGAGCAUGAACGAAGGCCUCUCCUACAUCACCAGCUCUGUUCACAUCACAACUACUGAGUGUUUUGACGGCACCAUCGUGCUGAUUUCACUGCUGGUUGUGUUCCUGCUCUUGGCUCUGCUGCUGAUGUGGUGGUUCUGGCCUCUCUGCUGCACUGUGGUAAUCAAAGAACCGCCACCUCCUCCACCUCCAGAGCCAGAAUCAGAUGAGGAUGAUGGGAUGCCCAGGAAAAAGUGGCCCACAGUGGACGCUUCAUACUAUGGAGGAAGAGGAGUUGGUGGCAUCAAGCGUAUGGAGGUACGAUGGGGGGAAAAAGGGUCGACCGAGGAAGGUGCCAAACUGGACAAACCUAAAAACGCGAUCGUAAAGAUGCCUGAGCAGGAAUUUGAACCUUAUGAACCCAAGCCUAGAAAACCUCCACGCCGGCCCUCGCAGCAGAAGAAGUGGUACUCACCCAUUAAGGGAAAACUAGAUGCUCUGUUGUCUCUGUUCAGAAGAGGAUAUGACCAAGUAUCUCUAAUGAGACCGCAGCCUGGAGAUCAGGGUCGUUGUAUUCGCUUUCAACGGGUCAGAGAUGAUGAUCGGCCGGCUCCUCCCCGAAUGCCUCACUCUCCUGCUCCUCCUCCUCCUCUCCCAGUUGAGGAACAACCUUUAGUCUCCAACUCUGUCCCCCGUACGAAACCUCCGUCAAGAGGACCGCGCACUGCUCCAUCCUCGCUCACAGCACCUCCGUCCCGCUCGCCGCCUCCUGUGACACGACUCCCGCCCGGCCCACCCCCAACCCGUGCUCCGCCUGGGCCCCUUGGACCCCCACCAUCCCGGCCUCCACCGAGGCUGUAAUGACGAAGAGAAUGGAUGCAAAUACAGAGCUUUGCAGAAGUAUUUUAAACACUUGAGCUUUUUCCAUCUUGUCAUGUUACAACUAGAGAAUUACCAUAAAUGUAUUUCAUUGGGAAUGCAUAACUGUGAAGUUAAAAAGAAAAAGAAAGAAAAUGUUCUUCUGCAGUUACAGCUGCAAGUCUAUUUGGGUUAUUUCUCUUCUGUUGUCCAUAUCUUGUGUCUGAAAUCGUUAUUCACUCAUCGAUCAAGCUGGAUAGACAACAGAGCAGCUGUUGAUGUUCAUUUUUCCUCCUGGAAGGUGAUCCUCAGCAUAAUGCUGCCACAGCAAUGUUUCACAGUGGAAAUGUGUUUAAGGUGUCCGUGGGAGAGAGAGUACACAACCCCACUCUUAAAUGUUUUUCUGUCUCAAAUAGAUUUUCAAACAGUAUUGCUCUUUAUUUUGCUCAAUCAAUCUUGUCAUCUACAUCACGUGCAGUGCUAGUUUUACACUUCGGGGUUAUGACGUCAACUUUGGUUUCGGCUGGCCAGAGCACCUUCUUCCACAUGGUGGCAAACUGCUAACAACAGAUUUCAACUAGAUUUCAUUUUGGAGGAUCAGAGUGAAGAGAACUGAAUUCACAUCAGAUAUUUCUGAUUUGCUACUUCACAGCCGUGCAAUACUUCUAGAAUGCUUGAUCAAAUGUAAUAAAAUUUGUUGUUGUAACAUGACAAAAUGUUAGAAGAACAAAGGCAGGUCAUACUUUUGCAAGUCACUCUCAUAUCUUAACUAAUUCCCUAGAAAACCGAACGUCAUAGUGAAAAAUCUUCCAGGCCAGAAGCACAGAUAUUUUUUUGAGCGCUGUGUCUUGUUGCUGGACAGCAAAAUUUAUCAAUCUUAUGUCAAAACCUUUAUAAAAAAUAUAAAACAAAAAAAAAGACCAUGGAUUCAACUGGGACUGUUUGUACAGUAACAGCGUCGUAGAGUAGGUGGUGGUUGUAAGUGUUUAUCAAACUUUAGUAAUGCUGAAAGUAAGCUAGGGACAGAUGGCUUAUGAACGUAAGCAGAAAUGUUUUUACAUAUAAAUGCAGCACAAUAUUAAUCCAUAAGGAGAAGGUGGUAUGAAAUACAUCAUGUAGUAAACAAAAAGGGUGGUAGCAGGGUCAUUUAUGUUGGCUUUUUAAUUAACAAUUCAUACAUUUUUAUACCUUUUCAACCAAAGAAACCUUUACUGCAGUCUACUUAAAAUGUAGUUUUAAUGUUCACCAGUCUUAUUGCAACUGCAGGGCAGUUUCUCAGUAUGUUAUUUAUUGUAAUACAGGCCCUCGUUUCUUUAGCAUCUUUUUAGGGUUGUAGGUUUUAAAGUCAUUGUAGGGUGGGGAGCACCAUGGCAGAUAUUAGCGAGCUUUGUGGCAUGGCAUCUGAUGUGCUUGAGAUCAUUUUGAACACAUUCAAGUAAACGAUUGUAUUGAAAACCGUGUAUCUUCAGGGCUCUUUGUAUACUGCAUUUACUGACUGAAAUGAUCGUUUGCAUUAUUUCUUCAAUAUUAACACGUCUGAUUUCAAUAAAGACAUUUCUUUUUUA